AUGCCGUCGCUGUCGCACUUCUUGGGGCACUUUUUCCCCCCCAAGCCCACCUUCACCGAGGCAAGCUUGCCCGCAGACCUCUCGGGCAAGGUGUAUGUCGUCACAGGUGCCAACAGUGGCAUCGGAAAGGACAUUGCCCGCAUUCUGCAUGCUAAGAACGCAAAGGUCUACAUCCUAUGUCGUUCUGAGGACAAGGCGCGCGAGGCCAUUCAGGACAUUGAGAAGGCCAACCCAAGCUCAAAGGGCGCCUUGGUCUUCAUCGCCUGUGACCUCGCUGACCUGCCAAAUACCAAGGCCGCCGCCGAGGCUUUUCUCGCCCAAGAGCAGCGCCUAGACGUGCUCUUCAACAAUGCCGGUGUCAUGGUUGGCCCGAGUGAGGCCGGCAAGCCCAUUCCCAGAACGGCGCAGGGCUUCGAGCUCUGCUUGGGCGUCAACUGCGUCGCCACUCACCUGCUGACCAAGAUGCUCACGCCGACUCUCAUCGCCACCGAGGGCCUGACGCGCAUCGUCUGGUAUAGCUCGUUCGGCAUGGAGAUGGGCGCGCACAAGGACGUGGGUGUCUCCCUCGAUAACCUCGACUACCACAGGCCAGAAAAGGAAACCCAGCGCUACAUCCUCAGCAAGACAGGCGCCUGGGCUUUGGGCAUCGAGCACAACCGCCACUACAAGGCCCAAGGCGUCGCCAGCGUGCCCAUCGACCCCGGCAACGUCAUCUCCGGCCUACCACGAGACCAAGCCCUGCAGCUGCGCAUCGUCGCCAAGAUCGUGUGUUACCCGACCGUGUACGGCGCUUACACGGCUCUCUACGCCGGCUUUUCACCGGACGUCGUUUCCGACCAGGCGGACUGGACCAAGGAGUGGGUUGCUCCGUUUGGACGCAUGUUUCCUCUCCGGCCCGACUUGACAAACGCCACGUUGUUGGAGAAAGAUGGCGGAAACGGGGGCACAGCCAAGUUUUGGGAUUGGUGCGAGGAACAGAUCAAGGAGUAUGUUUAA